ACACAAACGAAAGAAAUAUCAAAUUCUUCAUUAAAAUUCGCAAAUUCACAAAAUUCAUAAUUUCGCAUUAAUUAAAAUAAUCAUUAAUAAAAUCACUAAAAUUCGCUUAAAAUUAGCAAAGAACAAAUAAAAACAAAUAUUUACUAUACCGCAAAUAAAUCCUCAUAAAUUGUUCUUUAAAUAAAAAUGGUUAGAUAUCAAUGCCAAAUUUGUAAAAGAGAAUUUUCAACUUACGGCGGUUUAAAACAACAUGCCAAUGCUAAACAUCAUGGGAAAAUGAGAUCCUCCCAACUAAAUGAGUCACCAGUACAGCAAAGAUCUUUUUUGCAGCCAUUAAGAGAAAUGAUAAGAUCAGAACAUGAUGCAGAACUUUGGAGCACGUCAAUUAUUAUGCCAAAUCCAACUACUUCGCAAGAAAAGCUUACAUCACAGGAUGAUGAUUAUGAGAUGAAGCAAUUUGAACCUUCAUCUCAAGAUGAAGACUUAGUAAAUAUUGCAGAUGAGUUAGAAGAUAAACCACAUUAUCAUUUGCGAAAAAGGUUAUGGUCAGAAGAGAGGGUCGAAGCAAAUUUUGAAGAAUCGGAAGCAGAAUCAGAAUUAGAUGCAUCAUUAGAUGAUGCCAUAGAUGUAGUUGAUGGAAAACCCACACCAGAGCGCGUAGUAAAAUGGCCGAAUGAUGCAUAUCGCGACUUUUUGGAGUUGAUAGUAGAGGACUUUAAAGAAAAGGUUGUUGCGACCUAUAAUGAAAUUAAUUUUACCCUCUACUAUCGCCCACUUUUUCGUGCUAUUCAAGCUUUUCUGCAACGAUCGGAAGUAACCAAUAACUUCGUCCAUAAAAAAAUCCAAAAUAAAAUGAAGAAUGAUAGAGGUGAAACAAGAAUAUUUGGCGAACCUUUCGAAGGUAACUGGUGGUUAGAAACUGAAAAGAACCUUCCAUCAUUAAAUCGACUAUUGUCCAUCAUCUUAUACUCAGACGCAACAACUUUCGAUGGACUUGAGAAAUCAUCAGGCCAUCCAGUUUUUUUAACUCUUGGUAACAUUCCAAAUCAUGUUCGAAAUUUGCCGGAGGCUAAAAUUCUUUUAGGAUUUCUCUCUAAAGUCCAAGAUACAGGAAUCAAAACAACAGAAAGUUUUCGAAGCUUACAGCGCGAUGUAUAUCAUAAAUGCUUCAAAAUUAUGCUCCAACCUUUAUUAGAAAAAUCUGAAGCGCUAUAUUUUGGAAUUAAUGGACAAGUGAUUACUUUCGCUGCACGGAUAUCUUUUUUUCUCGCNCGAUGUAUAUCAUAA